AUGGACCGAACACCAGACUCAGUGUACCGCUCCUCUUCGACGGUUCCGUCGCUGCCGGAAGAUGCAAAAUCCCUCAAGACAACAUCGGCAUACUCCUCACCAGCUUCUACCGUCGCAUCCAACGGAACAGGACCUUCGACAGGAAUCGGACUCGGAAUCUCCAACUGCGGCAUAGAGACCACACUUGACCAUCUGAGGGUAUGCGCGAGCUCGGCGCCUCUUUCAUACCAUUCGAAUAUUCCUAGUCCACUGGGACCAGCUGGCACAUUUUACAACUGUCCUGUGAACGCCGGAGACUUCUCGAACAGACAUUGCUAUGGGAUGUGCCAUUCAUGUUCGCAUGCUGCAGACUGCCCCCUUGGUUUCUAUGACUCCCGUUCCAUGAGCCUAUCUCCCAGUUACAACUCUGUUUACGAGUUUGACGUCAACCAAGACGUCUAUUCAAGUCAAAUGCCUGGUCUUUGGGCCCCGACGCCCUGUGCAGGGCCGACAACAUCAUCAGAUGCGAUUAUCCUGACUGCGGGCAGCGAGGAGAGAAGAUAUUGGGACCAGGGUAUGGCUUACAAUGCGUGCGAUUCUGCCAGCAUGUCAACGCCACCAACUGUGCCUUACACUCCUGCAACCCUGGCGGAGGACACCAGCAACAAAGGGUCUUCCGGAAAGCAUUCGAAAGCCGAACAAGCCGUGGCUCACCGGCACAAGUUCACGACCAAUGAGUCUUCGAAAGACCCCUCGAAUAUGACAAAAAAGCCCCAGAUCGCCUCUGCAAGCGGCCUUGAAUGUCCUUUUUGCGGCCUCACGUUUACUCGGCGCUCCAACUGCAAGGAACACCAAAAGAAACACGACCCCGACUUCAAGAAGUCUUUUCCUUGUGAGGAAUGCCCUAGAGUUUUUGCCAGGGGUACGGAUUUGAGACGGCAUACAGAGACAGUUCAUCUCGGCAUUCGCAAGCAUGCCUGUUACUGGUGCGACCGUCGGUUUACUCGCCAGGAUAGUUUGACAAAGCACCUGCCCGACUGCGAGGACAGGCCCGCUCAGAACAAAUCUGCACAGUCGACUGGCUUCCCUUCCAGGAACUCGUUGCUGGCAGCUCCGAAUCUGCAGAAGCGACCGUCGAAGCGCCGACGCUCGGUGCUCAAGCACUAA